AAAGUAUCAUUCUGCCAAAGAAGAUGGUUAUGGAGGUCGAAAUAGUUUCCAAACAACUUAUCAAACCCACUUCUUCAACACCUCACCAUCUUACAACAUACAAGCUUUCCUUUUUGGAUCAGUUCGUUCCUUCAUCUUUUUAUCUUCCUACGGUAUUCUUCUAUGUGAACCAACAAACAAGCAUUCCACCAGCUGAUAUCAUUGCCUCCAACUCCAUGAGGUCCCAGUUGCUUAAGGAAUCUCUAUCACAAACCUUAACUCUCUUUUAUCCAUUUGCAGGAAGGAUCAAGGACCAUCUUUCCAUCGCUUGUAAUGAUGAGGGAGCUUACUAUGUAGAGGCUAGAGUUAACCUUCCACUUUGUGCAUUUCUCAACCUCCCUGAUUCAUCUUAUGUUUCUCAACUCCUCCCUGAAUCUAAUUGGACUGAAACGAGUGCAGAAGGUUAUAUAGCCAUGAUACAAGUCACCACCUUUGCAUGCGGUGGCAUUGCUAUUGGCACAUUCCUCUCCCACGCAAUUGCCGAUGCACCUGCCGCCGCCACGUUUAUCAGCAGUUGGGCUGCACUGACUCGAAAAUGUGGUGAAGAAGCUCCAUGUCCGAAUUUCGACGCCUCUUUUGUCUUCCCACAGAGUGUGGCAUACCCCAGGGAGGCAACCCUUUUGGGAAUGGUCAACCCAUUUGUCAAAAAGGGAAUAUGGCAGUCGAGGAGAAUUGUUUUUGAUGCCUCAGCAAUAGCUUCACUGAAGGCCAAAACAGCAAGUUCAAGUGUGCCAUAUCCAACACGGGUCGAGGUUGUUUCAGCCCUCCUCAGCAAGUGUAUUAUGGCUGCUUCCAAAGCAAAAUCCGACAUCCAGAAGUCAACUCUUAUAAUGCAUGCAGUGAAUCUUCGUCAAAGGGCUAGACCACAAAUCCCAAAUUAUUCAAUGGGAAACUUCCUAUGCUUAGCAGCUGCACUAGUGACAGCAAAGGAGACACAGUUGGAUAACUUGGUUUGCCAUCUAAGGAAAGCAAUAGGAAAAAUAGACAUUGAUCUUAUUACCGCCCUACAAGGAGAUGGUGGAUGGAUUAAAUAUUGCGAGAACAUGGAAGAGAUAGGUAAGGCGUCGCCUGGUACAAAUGAUACGAUUGAUUUUAUUGUGUUUAGUAGUUGGUGCAACAUGGGUUUUUAUGAGAUAGAUUUUGGGUGGGGAAAGCCAACCUGGGUUUCCUAUGCCCCUAAAACCAAAUCAGAUUCUGAGAUGGUGAAUACGAUUUUUCUGAUGGAUACAAAGAUGCGAAAUGGAAUUGAAGCAUGGGUAUUCUUAGAUGAGCAGCACAUGGUUAAGCUAGAGCAGAACCAAGAGCUACUUGCGUUUGGCAUCUUGGAACCAAGUCCAUUGAAUUUAAUGAGUUAGGGUGGGUUUGAAUGAACGGUAAAAUAAACACAUGGCAUCGCAUCCCACCGCCCAUAUAUACUUAUUUAAUACAAUAAUAAGCAAAGUUAGCAAAUGAGUUAGGGUGGGUUUGGAUGGAUGGUACGUUUAUUUGUGGUUAGUAUAAAAACAGUUGUGGUUGUAAUAUUAGAUAUUAUAACUAUACUGUAACAUAAGAUAAAAAGUAAGGUAAACGCAUGACACUGCAUCCCACUACCCAUAUAUACAUAUUUAAUACAAUAAUAAGCAAAGUUAGCAAA